AUGGCGCUGGUCGCUCUUCGAGGUACACUCGCCUCGCUUGAAGACGAUCUGGCGUCGUUUGCUUCGCCCGGGCGGAGGUCAAAGGAGACGGCGGACAACCACAGCCCGACGUCGGCCAAGGCCCGUGAUGCCGCACGAAUGGCAAAGCGAUCAACCCUUGCUGUUCCGGCGUCGUUUCGGCUCACGCUCCCUUCAUCAGCCUCCGAUUCAGACUCAUCGUCCGACGGCCACAUCUCACGAUCGCGAUCGCCCUCGGCUUCGCACUCUUCUUCAUCGUCCAGCUCGUCGAGCUCGCCGACUCCGUCGAGCUCAAGCUCGCCGCCACAUCAUUCCGGCCUUGCAGUUGUGGUCUCGACCUCUGGUUCGGAAACUAAGCUCGCCGACCCGUCGCCCGUGCCAAACACCCGCGCCAUCGCCGACCUGGUCGCCGCCCGCAAGACUGGACGCUCUUCCCGCAUUGUCACCACCUCUGGCCCCACCGGUGCUGCUGAUGCCGUUGUUGCCGCACGCGCCGCUCACUCGCAGUCUACCGAGUCACGCGCCGCCCGCCUGGCUCGCCUCCGUCGCGUCCGUGACGGCGAGUCAGUACAGGAUGACACCAGCUCUCCGCGCCCGCUCACCCGUGAAGAGCGGCUUGCUCGCCUUCGCGCCCGCCGCAAUCCCAGUACCGCCAAUGCACAGCGCAACGACAGCGCGUCUGGCUCGUCGACGCUCUCAUCUGCUGAGCUCGCCAAGCUCCCGCGUGCUGAGCGGCUCAAGCUGCUUCGACAGCGCCGUGGCGGUCGCCCACAAGCCACACCCGCCGAACCGCCAUUUCCCAAGGUCAACGUUGUCCCGGCUACUCCGGCCAUCCAAUCGUCGGACUUUCCCGCGCCCGAAGCAAUCUCGCCGCCGUUAACGCCAUCGUCAUCAUCGGCCUCGCCGCCGUCGUCGCCAUCAUCGCCGUCGCCGCCACCCAAGCCGGCCGCUGCACCGCAUCAAUCACCAGUCUCUCCUCACAAGCUCCACCUCCGCCGCCGCACCGCCCGUCAACCGCAUGCAGCCGGCACACAUGGGCCUACUGAUUCGGACGCUCCGGUCUCCUACCCUGAGCUCCGUGCUCAGCCGUCGAACGACAUCGUUGCCCAGUCGAUUGCUGCCAACUUUGAUGCCAGCGUCAUCCGACUGGACGAUGUCCUCAACUCAUCAAUCCCAUUUGUAUCGCUCUCUCCUGCCGCCCUCGACACUGCCAUCGUUGCGUCAGAACUGCGUGCAGACAAGCCGCCGGAGCCUAUUGACAGGACACAGUCUGCCCGCCUCACGGAGCACCUUGGUGAUCCCGACCUCGCCGCCGCUUCCAAGCCGCUUGACGCCAACCAUUGGCACGUUGACGUCCCGUUGCCGGCCGGCUGGCAGCGGCAGGUCGAUUUGGCCUCGUUCUCUUGCUUCUACACCGACGCCGCCUCGGGUACCACCACCACCACUCAUCCGUCGCUCAUGCCGCCGGUCACUCAGCCAGACACCGACGACCGCCACGUCAUCCAACUCGCACUCUUCUCGUCUCGCUCCGGAUGGGCCCGCUACCUCGAUCCUCAGACUAACCUCUACUUCUACUACUGCGCCCGGACCGGCGAGACGUCUUGGCUGGCGCCAGCUGACGCCGUCGUCGCCAUUGAGUCGAAUCCGCCGGUCAUGAUUCCACAUGUCCCGGCGCCAUCGUCGCCAUCGCAGCCGGCGCUAGCCUCGCUCGCGGUCGCUCGGGAGUGGAUCGCCACCUUUGCCCGUCCGUCACGCGCCGUCCCGGCUCUUGCCCGCACCCCGCUACCGGCCAUGUUCCUUCUCCGCACCAAGCCGUUCGUUUUCACCGUCUCUGAGACCGGCGAGCCCGAGACCGCGCGCGCUCCACCACUGCUCUCUCUCGCCUCCACAUCGCCGCAUCUCACCUGGGACCUCGGCCGGGGCAAGCCAGCCCGUCCGGCGCUCGCUGGCCUCAUCGCCGACCCAGACGUUCCGGCCACGAGCAACAGGCUUCGCCAGCUGCCGAGCGUUCCAGACUGCUCCCCGGUGUGGGAGGGCUACAUGCGCCACAUGAAUGCCUCACCCAUGCCGUCGAUUGCUGCUGCAUCGAUCUACCGCGACAACUUUGUGCGGAUGCUUCCGGGCUGGCGCCCGUUUGCGCUCGGCCCUGUUCCGUCGCCUGAGCCCAUGUCGCUCAUGGCCACGCUGGUCUCGUCGCGUCCUCUCGGUGCCUCGUUUCUCACCGCCCUCGAUCGUGUCUCAGCUCUCCUUGAUCUUCCGCCCUCGCCUGGAAAGCUCCGCCUCAAGAUCGCGCUCUGGGAUGAUCGUGACGUCCGCAUCUCCAACGACUACAACAUCUCGCUUGACGCCCUUGUCAACCCAAGCCAGGUAUCGCCGGCCUCUGUGCAGCCGCUGGUCGACCCUGCGCCGUCGAGCGAACAGCUCGCCGCACUCGCCCGCGCCCAGCUCGUCCACCCGCACUACCACCACUCGCACACGUCAGCCGAGCACGCGCUCGCUCCAGGCCUCGAGGACGUCCCGCUUCACCCGCUGGAUGACUCGAUCAUUGCCACGAAGGCCCUCUACCUCACCGUCUUUCUCUUUCGCGGCCUCUUUCCACUCGCACGAGUCAAGAUCCCGCUUCAACUCCGCCCCACCUCGCCCAACGCUCUGCUUAACGCGUUGGCGACGUCGGCUGGAGGCGCUGGCCUCGCGGCUCUUUUUGACGCUCCGGUCGGAGACCAUGCUGCCUCUACCGACCCCAUUGGCCUUGCGGCGGCGCUCGAGGCCCAGUUUGGCCCUGUUCCGCCGCGCCAGCCGUCGUCAGGCUUUGAAGAGUCAGCGUCGGAGAACCCGCUCCUCCCCACCACUGUUGUUGUCCCCCACCGCAAGGUCAACGUCACCGUCGCGCUCCAAGCCAUCAUGCCCGACGUCUAUGCGCACCUCUCGGACGAGGCGCUCUUUGUCCCGCUUGAGUUCCAUUUUACCCUCGUUCCAUCGCCACCACAACUCCCCACCCCGGUCAUCACGCCCGAAGUCGCCGCCGCAGGCAUUGACAUUCCGGCUCACGGCACGCUCCAGCUCGGUGCCCUUGCCCGCUCGCUCCUUCCCACCAAAGUGAUGGACAAGGCGCUAGCCGCUGCCGCCCGCGCCAUGGAGGCCGGAAGUGUCGUCCCGACUUCGGCCGCCCUCGAGGGCGUCGUCCUCGAAGACUGCUGCGAGGUUGUCUCGUACUACCCGACCUCGUCGAUGGCGCUCGAGACCGACGACGUCAUUCCGCCGCAUGUUCGCAACAACCUCUACGUCACGCUCCACAUGAAGACCAUGAUGUCGCUUGUUCUUCAGUCUGGCGACAUUGACAUCCCGCAAGUGUUCUGGAUUACAUGCGCUCUGCUCGACGGAUCGGGUGCGCCGUUUCGAGCUGUCGCGCGUGACUCUGCCGCCGACGGCACUUUCAACCGUUCGGCGUCGUCACUCGCCCACGGCGUAGGAUCCACCGCCGCCAUCGACGGCGCCUCGCGCUGGGUCAUUGUCGGCUCAUAUCCAGUCACCCGCGCCACCCGCGAGGCCAACCACAUGAUCGAGUUUGACAUUCCCUCGGUCUCGCUCGCUGACUUUUCCGCCCAUCUCCUCUUCCGCUUUGUGGCGCCGAGCUCGUCGGCCUCCGCCGCUCCCGCCGGCGAGCCCAUGCCCGGAUCGACCACCUUUGCCUAUGCAUUUCUCAACCUCUACGCUGGUGAGGGCAAGAUGCGCUCCGACAAUGAGUACGAGCUUGUUGUGUACCCGGGCAGUCCGCCGGCGCCAUCGCCACAUCGCAUGUGGCAAGGUGCCCCGCACAGGACCGACCUCACACCGGCGUGUGCCCAUGCGCUGCAGGAAGAGCCGACAACGACCGUCCCGUACUACCUCGGUGUCCCACCGCCGGGCGCUCCUUCCGGCUCGGUCGCCACCGGCUGGUCAACGCCGCUCAUGCUCGCCGUCCAUGUGGUCUCGGGGGAGGUGCUUGACGACGCAAACGUCCACUUUCUCCUCGAGCCCGAAAUCGGGCCAGGCCAGCUGGCCACACUGGUGGCAUCGGGUGGGCGUCUGCUACACAACGCAUCCCCGUUUGACCUGUACAAGUUCCACGGCUUCCUCACCUACCGCAUCAACGAGUUCUACGACCUCGCCACCAACUCGGGCGCCCAUCCCGCCGAGCCCCGGGCGCUCACUGCGCUUUUUGCUGUCUUCCACUCGCUCGUCCUUGCCAUGACCCUCCCGCACGCGGCAUCCGAGGCGCUACAGGACUCUUUUGUUUCGUUUGUGUGGGAGUGUCUCGACCCAGCCUUUCUUCGCGCCUAUCUGGACGCCAAACUUGCGCUUGUCUGCCAGGGCGCGCGCCCGGCCUCGCCGGUUCAGCCUCUCGCACAGCCCUCGAGCGAUGCGGGCACGGCUGCGCCCGAGUGGCACUCGGCUGCUACCGUCAUUGGCUACAUGAUCACACUUGGCGCUUCGCUGGCUGCCGCGCCAAGCCAGGCCCCGCACUUUGCCAACGAGCUCGACGCAAGUUACUGGGCAACGUUGGCCUCCUCGUUUGGCCAUGGCCUCGCCAACUCGGUGUGGCGCGCCGACCACCGCCACCUCGCUGCUGCUCAGCUCGCCGAGCUGAGCACUGCCGUUGGCGCCGCAUCGCGCAUGUAUCCGGGCGUACUCGCUGUCUUGCCGGCAUCCGAAGUUGCGGCGCUCUGGCGCGAACUGCUCCCCACCUCCCUCGUUGUACCUGAGGACCACGGCGCGCCUGGUGAUCUCCAGGUCGAGCGGCUCAAUGGGCUGCAUGCGGUGCUUGAGGCUAUCGCUCAUGGCUAUGCGCUGUCCAAGUUUGACUCGCUCGCGCCGCAUGAGUUUGCGGUACAGGCCUUGCUGUUGCACGACGUCAUCGGCCUUGUUUCGGAGUUCCUCCACUCGGCGUCGACGCACUUGCUGGUGUUGACGCUCGCGCCGCUGGCGGAUGUUGUGGCAGCGCUCGGCGCGGGCUUUUCCGCCAACCUCAACGAGCGGGUUGCGUGCGUAGCGGCGUCGCCGUCAGCCGAGCCUCGCGCUACCGCGGGCGUCAUCAGCGACUUGGGCACGCUCCUCGCUGCACUCAGCGUUGCCAUCUUUCGCCUCGCUAGCUCGACGUCGGUCGUCAUGGCCGAUGCACACUGGCUCUCAUCGGUUGGCCUUGCUGGCUCGCUCGACGCACUGUUUGUAGCGACAGCGUCGCUUGUCGAGGCGACUGUUGUCCGCCUCUCGAUGAGCACUGCUGCCAGUGCCGGCCCGGCCUCGCUCUUUGCGCACUUUAUCGACGGGCUCUGUAGCGGCCUCGAAGACUCGCGCGCGUGGCGCAAUGAGGUUCUCAGUGGCGCUUCAGCGGUGCCAGCGCGAGUCCGUGAGGCGUGGACGGGUGCUGGAAGCAGGGACCCGUCGGGCCUCGCUCAUCUCGGGCCUGUUGUUCUCGUUGAGCUCCUCCGUCUCCCGCUGCGGUUUAACUCGAAAUUUGCGAUCUCGACCCCGGGCAUGGCGCAGGUGACGCUUGUCGGCUUGCAGCUCACGAUGUUCCUGCUCGCCAACUAUGGCCAGUCGCUCAUGAGCCGCAGCGUGCCAGGAGAACAGGCGGUGUGCUUAGACGCGCUUGUCGAGCUGCUGGUGGCACAAGUGCAAGCGGCCGAGCUCCGGGUGGCGAGCCCGUCACUGUUUGGUGACUCGCUACUCUCCGCCGUUGCAUUCCACGCCGAGUACGCUCUGGCUCAGCGCACGCUUGCGCAUCGUCAGGAAGCGCUCGCGGGCCUCUUUGCUCUCGUCUCACAGGGCGUGCUCCGAUCGCGACCGGGCCUUGCUGAGCAGCUUCUUGCCGCUAGUAUUCAGGCUGCUCUUGCUCUCGCGCUGCAUGUCAACGAGGCGGUGGGAAGCGGGCGGCCGACAGCACUCGGCAGCGCGCUUCAUGCUGUCUUUGCUCAUCUCGCGCCAGUCGUUCUCGACGAUGCGGCAGCCGGUGCCGGCGACGACGGAGAGCGGCUGGUUCUCCCUGACGAGUGGGCAUGGCUUCGGCCGGGUGCCUCGGUAGCCGCUACCACCGAGGCCUGGCUAGCAGUUGUCCGCAAGCUCCGGAGCGUGAGCCAAGCACCGGAGAUGUCGUCGUGGCUCGCGCUUCUUUGCGGGUAUGCGCCGGUAGCCGUCCGUGCCGGCGGCGGCUCGUGGCCCGGUUUUGUGACCGAUCUCCAGCGCGGGCUGCAAGAGCUCGGCGCCCGUGUCGAGGCCCAAGGGGCGAUGCUCGAGGCGCUUGUUGCUCCGGGUGCUGGGCCCGAGCUGGUGGCUCACGUGGCGUACUCCAUGGUCGACUCGAUUCUCGACGCCCCGUCAGACGUUCAGACCCGUGCAUGCGGCGGGUACGAGACGCUGGUGCGGCUCCUUCGGCAUGUAUACCUCGCUGCGGGUGCAUCGGCGGCAGUCAUCGGGUACACGCUGGUCUUUGAAGCGCUGUUUGUCGACGCAGCCGCAGCCGAAGACCGCGUCGCUGCGACUGCACGGGUGGUCGACGUCUGGCGCGGGCGGGUGGCUGAGCUUCCGUCGCUGAGCGAGGUGCCGAUCUCGGGCGCGCGUGCGCAGGCGGUGAUGGUCCGUGGCGCAAGCGCGCUGGUGACUGGUGGACACUGGGACGCGGCACAGCGGGUGCUCCGAAGAGUGACACGCGGCUUUGAGCAGCAGGCGAACCUCGCACUGUCGCUACAGAUGGCGCGCUGGACAAGCGCGUGUGCGUGGCGGUCGGCACACGUGCCGCGGAUAGGUGGAAGGCUGUUCGGUGUAGUCCUCGCCGGUCCCGGGUGGCCGUCGACGCUCCGCGACUCGCGGCACGUGGUUCGCGGAGCAUGGGACGAGUCGGUCGAGGCCUUUGGCAUGCGAAUGCGGUCCAAGUGGGCGUCGAUGGACGUGACGGUGGUGCUCCCAGCCCGGGAGGCGAGCUCGCAGCUUUCUCCGGAGCGCGGGCUGUACGUGUACCCGCUGAUAGCGUCACAGAGCCAGGUCUCUUGCAAGCCGCUAGUUCUUGUGCCGGACGCGGUGGCACUGGUCUCGGGCGAGCGGACGAUGCGUGGAAGUCGAAGCGCCGGUACAUCGUGGGUCACGCCGCUGCGUGGGGUGGAGGGCGCGAGCCACGGGUUUGCGCUCGUCUCGUUCCGGUCGGCCGACGGCGAGAGCUCAGUUGACGGACAUCUCGUGGGCCCGUACGCGGGGCUCCGGACUGCGACACACCAGCUCGAGUACUCGCUCGGUGAUGAGCCGCGCAAGGUGCCGCCGGAGAUUGCGUUCAAGAAGCGCAAGCUUGUCAAUGACCCGUUGGUUAUCCGUGAGGUUUGGCACGCCGCGCGGCCGCUGCCUGGCCCGUCGAUGGCAGUGGCGGCGGCGAGUGUCUCGCAGGCUGUUGUUCCGUCGUCGGUCGCGUGUGUUGCCCUUCUAGAGGCAGGACGGGCCAAGCUUGAGUGGCUCCUGCACCUGCUCCGCCCAUUCAUCGAGGGUGCGGGCCUUGUGGGCGCCGACGGCGCCAUCCGCGGCUCGUCACCGUGGCACGGCCAGCUGGCAUCAGGCGAGCUCGGCUGCGCCCAGUGCAACCGACGGCUGGCGGCGAGCGGGCCAGGAGUUGUUGACAGUGUAUUUGCGCCAGCACCUAGGGUCGAGGGUGGCGAUGGCAGCGGUUCGGCGAGUCACGUCACUUCGCUCCGCCCGGGCUCGCCAGGUAGCGCCUCUGCGCUGCCAUCGUUUGACUCGUUGGUGAGCUCUGGGAGUAGCACCCGCGGCGGGAGCAAGCGGAACGGCAGUGGUGGCUCUGAUCUGGAAGGAAAGGGGAGCAGUGGCGUGUUGCGCGCGGCAGCAGGUGCAGCCGGCUCGUCGCGGCUGGGCGUCUCGGUCUCGUCGCGGAUGCGCAAGCUCGGCUUCCGCGGCCCGGCGUUUUCGUCAGUGAGUGUCCGGACGGGUACGUCGUUCUCGGGUGCGUCUCCGGCAGACUUUGUGGCCCGGCUGAGCAAGCUGCCAACAGGCUCGUCGUCGACCGACUUUGGCCUCGGCAGCCCGCCGACGUCGGUGGGUGGCCUCGGCCUCGGCGCGUCGGUCGGCGGUGACAGCACGGUCGAUGUUGGGGAUGAGCACGACUUGCUGAGCGAGGCUGUGGCACAAAUGGAGGACGCGAUGGCUACCGACGGUGACGGCGAGAGUCCUGAUCCAAGCAGUAGGCGCGAGAUGGGUCUCCCGCUGUCGCAGUUUGUCAACGCCAAGCUUGCAGAGAGCAACGGCGGAACAGCGCUGCUUGCUCGCGGCGGCGGGGCGGAGAGCCGCGUGGCGGCGCUCAAGGCCGAGGCGGCGACGUUGCUGGGCGGCGAGGUGCUGCGGCAGCUAAACCCUGCAGGCGAAGGCGUGGCCGGGGUGCGCAAGGCCAAGCUUGUGCAGGAAAACUACGAGAUCCAUGCCGAGUACGUGGUGGACAAGCUCAAGACGGCACUGCGGCGGAACUGGAUGCAGGAGAACCGGGCGCGGCAGGCGGCCGGUCAAGAGAAACUUGCUGCGCCGGAUCUGGAGCUGCUGCGAGUUCUUCCGCAUCCGGAGCAGGCACGUGUGCAAGCAGCGUGGCAGGCGUGGUGGGAGCUGCUCCAGCAGGUCCUUGUUGUCCACGCCCUGCUUGUCAGCGACGAAGCUUCAGCGGCGAGCGAGGAGCGCGAGUCGGGAGCCAGCCGGGAGCAGCACACCGCGCUCGAGGUGCUGAUGGCAGAGCUGUGA